AGAUGAUUCUAGACUUCUGUUUUAAAAUACUCAGAUUUCAAAAAUGAGCGGAGUAAAGUUUACAUUCACUCAUUUGGACGGGAGAACAGUAGAAGUUACAAGUCCAGAAGAAAAAACUAUAAGAGAUGGCAAAGUUAUGACACUUAUUGGAUACGGGAUGCCUAAGAAGAAAGCAAAUUCUGGAAGGCUACAAACUUUUGGAAAUCUGUUCAUUAUCUUUAGAAUCGAGUGGUCUGAAUCUGUAUGUCAGCAACAAAUAAAUGGUAUCAGAAAUAUUUUUAGAACGCCUACUCAAAAUAUAAGCCAGGAGGCUAACAAUAAUACAAGAAGCACUUGUGAAAAUGCUGUAUUAGAGGUAUACUCAGAUUCUCAGAGGAAUCCUAACUCUAGAGAGGUUGACUCGAAUCAUUCGGAAGGUUCUAGGCCUCGAAAUAACCAAGGAAAUUUUUGGAACCGGAGGCCUGGAUGAGAAAACCAAUAAACACCAUUAUUAGCA